AUGGCAGGCAGCGCUUGCUACAUGCCCCACGCAGAGGCGGCAAGUCCUGCUGGAGAGUCUCAAAGGAAGAGCUCCUCCAGUGGCCUUGAAUUUCGCCAGGUUGUGCAGGAUGAGUGGGAUUUAGUCAGUGAACAGUCCGGCAAGGGCGCCUCCCCUGGGGAAUCAAAGCACGGGAUGGGUGGGGAAGGGCCCAGGCUGGCCCAGGGAAUGGUGAGUCCUAUGUGUGAGAGCUACACCUCCAGCGCUAGUGGAGAAGUGAAGCCUCUGGAGAGAAAGCGUUGGUUGAUGGUGAAAGCACAUGGGGGUAUCUCUGAAAGCUGGGGAGCCCCACCUCGGUCUCACUGUCUGAGCGCCCACCGUGGCAUUUCAGACAUGGAGAGGGCUGAGGAAAAAAUUCUGCUGCCUACCGAACUGCAGGCUAGUGACCUGGGGGCCUACAAGCAGGUCCAGAAGGGACCCCUGAAGCCAAAGGGCAUCGCAGAGCUUGGAGUGACCAAGCAGAAGAAGAAAAAGAAGCACAAAGACAAGGCACAACAGGAAGCGAUGGGAACAAGCAAAAAGAAUGAGGAGGAGAAGUGGUGCGACCUGGACAGGCUGACCCCAGCCCAGGAGAAAGUGCAGGAGAAGCGACAAAUGGAAAGGAUCCUGAAGAAAGCAUCCCAGACCCGCAAGCAGAGAGAGGAAGACUUCAGCAGACGCCUGGACACACACACGGAGCAUCGCGACACCCCCAGAGUCAGCUGGACCCUGUAA